UCGCUAUCAAUUAUUCAGAGGUAGCCGCAUUUCUUUUAGAAGCGUCGCCUGCAACUGGAUACCUAUCGCCAUGGUUACGCCACCACAGACUGCGGGUCCUCUCUCCUUCAUGUGCGCUGGAUCCUCGGUGAACAGCGCCGCAGCUUCUUCCUCAGCGCCGUAGCAUGGCGAGGAUGGCAAUGGUGGACCAGAGGCUGCUGCGGAGGCAGCUGGGGGCGAUGCGGGCCACGAGGACGCUGCUCGUGGAGAGCGCCCUCACGGGGGACAAAAACAAUGGCUUCGACGUGCUCUACCACAACAUGAAGCACGGGCAGAUUUCCUCCAAGGAGCUGACGGACUUCAUCAGAGAAAGGAGCACCAUCGAAGAAGCCUAUGCCCGGUCCAUGACCAAACUCGCCAAGUCUGCCGGCAACUUUUCUCCGCUCGGGACCUUCGCUCCGGUGUGGGAUGUGUUCAAGACCUCCACGGAGAAGCUGGCCAGCUGUCACAUGGAGCUGGUGAGGAAGCUGCAGGAACUUAUCAAAGAGGUCCAGAAGUACGUGGAGGAGCAGGCCAAAGCACACAAGAAGACUAAAGAGGAGGUGGCGUCCACCCUGGAGGCCGUGCAGAACAUCCAGACCACCUCUCAGGCCCUGCAGAAGUCCAAGGAGAUCUACAACGCCAAGACCGUGGAGCAGGAGCGCCUCCGCAAGGACGGGGCCGCCCAGAGAGAUGUGGACAAGGCCGGGGUGAAAGCCAAAAAAGCCACGGAGACCUACAGGUCCUUCGUGGAGAAAUACGCUGCGGCCAAGUCAGAGUUUGAACAGAAGAUGGCAGAAACUGCUCAGAAGUUCCAAGACAUCGAAGAAAACCACAUCCUGCACAUGAAGGAGAUCAUCCAGUCGUACUCGCGGUCCGUCGACGAAACGCACAUCCAAAUAGGAGAGGUCCACACGGAGUUUGUGAGGAACGUUGAGAACACGUCGGUGGACAGCUUGGUGCUCAAGCUGGCGGAGAGCAAAGGAACGGGCAAAGAGAGGCCAGGACCCAUUGAGUUUGAGGAGUGCAAUACAGCCAUCGUUACUGAAGGUGCCAAACCCAGAAAGAGGAAACCAUUUGGAAUCCCCGGUCGCAGGAAAGACAAAGACACCGACUCCACGGAGUCGACAGAAGUGGAAGCUGCUAACACUGCCAACGGCGCCCCCCCCGGGUACUACGGCGCCAUCGACCUCCAGAAUGCUGUGAGCACGCCAACACACACACAGGCACACUAUUGUGACGAGCUGGGAAAGGCCAGAGUCCCGACACCAUACGAACUGACCAACAACGACCUUCUGUCCCUGGACCCGUUCGGCCCGACCCGCGCGCCAGGCUCCGCCUCCUCUCUGUCCUCAUCGGCAGCCGAGGCGGUGACACAACGGGAACGCCCUCCUCCUCUGGGGGCGGCGAGCCAACAGUCCCAAGACGUCUCCUCUUUGUCCUCGUCCACGUCCUCGCCCCGGGACUGUCCCGACGACCCCUUCCGGGCGCCCCCGCCGGCGAGGGCCCGCAGCGCCCCCAUCACCGCGCACGCCGGGAGCCCCCCGAGGAGCGGCGGCGGCCCCCCGCCCUGGUCCCAGGGCCAGUGGAUCGCCUUCGGUGACCCCUCGGCUCCGGCGCGCCGCUCGGGGCCCCCCGCCGGCCCCGGCAGGUCGUGCCGCUUCCUGUCCGCCGAGGACCCCUGCGGGGGGGGCGGCGACCCCUGCUUCUCCGAGGUCUUCUGUGGGGUGUCAGAUAGGGCGAUGGCAGCAGCUCCAUCGAGCAAAGCAUUCAAUGUGCCGGCACCAAACCGACCGACGACCCCUCUGACAGCCGGCGCCCUGGUGCCCCCCCCUCGACCCUCCUCCAGGCCCAAACUCCCUUCGGGGAAACUCAGCGGCAUCACAGAGAUUGUGCGGCCGUUCAGCCCGCCCAAGCCCUCCAACAACCCAGCCCCCCCCCCCGCUGCACCCCUCGCCCGGGCCGAGAGCUCCUCCUCCUUGUCCUCCAACGCCUCGCUCGGCGCCGCCAACACCCCCACCGUCGAGGAAGAUGUGUUCAUUGGGAAGCUGCCUACCUUUGAGAAGCGGUGUGAAACACCAGCAGGGACGUCCCGCGGUCCCAGCCCGGUGACCCUGGCCUCCCUGGACGCGUUGCCCAUCGCCGUGGCCUUCACGGAAUCGGUUAAUGCUUACUUCAAAGGAGCUGAUCCCACCAAGUGCAUUGUGAAGAUCACAGGGGACAUGACCUUGUCCUUCCCCAUGGGCAUCAUCAAGGUGUUCACCACCAACCCCUCCCCGGCCGUGCUCGCCUUCAAGCUGAAGAACACCGGCAGGCUGGAGCAGAUCUUACCCAACCAGCAGCUGCUGUACAGUGAUCCUUCCCAAAGUGACUCAAACUCCAAGGACUUCUGGUUCAACAUGCAAGCGCUGACGUCCUACCUCAGGAAAUCUUCAGAACAGAAUCCCACCGCUUCCUACUACAACGUGGACAUCCUAAAAUACCAGGUGCAGUCCGACGGGAUCCAUUCCACUCCGCUCAACCUGGCCGUGUACUGGAAGUGCACGGCGAGCGCGUCGGACCUGCGCGUGGACUACCGCUACAACCCGGAGUCCAUGGCCCCCCCCGGCCCGCUGUCCAACGUUCAGAUCCUGGUGCCCGUCGACGGGGGGGUCACCAACAUGCAGUCUCUGCCCCCCUCCAUCUGGAAUCCGGAGCAGAACAAGAGUCUGUGGAAGCUGAGCGACAUCUCUGAGAAAUCUGAAAACGAAGGAGCCGGGUCCCUGAGGGCCAAGUUUGAGCUGUCGGACGGCCCGUCGACCCCCACCCCGCUGGCGGUGCAGUUCAUGAGCGAGGGCAGCACCCUGUCGGGGGUGGACAUGGAGCUGCAGGGGCCCGGGUACAGACUCUCCCUCAACAAGAAGAGGUUCGCCACCGGUCGCUACAUGGCGGACUGCUGAGCCGACGCGCAGAAGAAGAAGAAGAAGAAGAAGGAAGGCGUCGUCUCGAGGAUCUCACUACGAUAAAACAGCACUGAGUAUUGAACACUGAAGAAGAAAGAAAGAAGAAGAUGAGCUUUCAGGAAAUGUGUAGAUAUGAAAUCUAAUAAUGCUUUCUGAUCGAUUCGCUUCUGUAUCGUCAGAAACAAUUGAUGGAUUAGACAUCAAUUUAUAUUGUAUUUGAAAUCCUAAAAACAACAACAACAACAUGCACUAACACUCUUUUAGAUGCUCUUCUUGCUCUUAUAAUCACCUUUUAAGAGCCUUUAAGGACUAUGAAACAGAACCAUGUCCGCGUGGAAGAGAAGAAAAGGUUCCUUCCUCCGAUCCGCACACAUCGACGCUCGAGUCGCCUCCUCCUCACAAGGCGUCUUCUUAUCAUCACGUGCAAUGAAGCGGCGGCGGUAGAAGGUAGAAUCUGUCCCGAGCAGUCCUCUCACACUCAUGGCACAAGCUCUGCCUCUUAAAACGACAUCUAAGUGCUUUGAAACCGAUGCAAACAGGAGUCUGACCUCAGUGCUGAAGCUCCAGCCUCAGUGGGCUGAAGGAGCGUUUUUUUUUAAACUCACUCUCAGUGAUCAAGCCUUCAAAUCUGUGUACUUUUAUGAAAGAAAUCUCUGCUGUUUUGACUGUAAAAUGUUGUGUCAAAUGUUUAGAGGCUUUAAAAAAAAAAUUAAAAAAGAAGGAAAAACAGCAUCGAGGGAUUUCAGCCCAAUUUUAAAUCGCAGCCUUUUUUUUAAAUCACACUUUUGUGAGCAAUGUGCCUGAAUCUAAUUCUUUUUUCUUUUUUUUUUUGUAAACUACAGCACAUUUUUUAUUAAGAAAAGCACCAACAAAGUGCCCGUUUAUUUCAUCAGGAUAUUGAAGGGAAAAUCUCUCCUUUUUACGACCCGAUUGUCUUCCAAGACGCUUCCUGCGGAACCCUUUUUAUAUCUCGUCUUCUUUCUAUUGGGGGGGAGUGUGGGGGG